AUGUCGCAACCCAAUCCGAGUUAUCAAGAUGCGCCAUCAUCUCCCGGGCGCCACAGGUUGAACAUUGCGAUGGUCUCCGAUUACUUUUACCCUAACGUCGGGGGCGUCGAGUCUCACAUCUACAUCCUUUCUCAGAAAUUAAUUCAACGUGGACAUAAAGUUAUCGUCAUCACCCACCAUUACGGUAAUCGUUGUGGAAUUCGCCACUUACCUGCCGGCCUCAAGGUAUAUCAUAUUCCGAUUGGCACUUUACCUUUUUCUUCAACUGCGGCGACGGUCCCGAACAUGUUUGGAUGUCUACCCCUCAUCCGUGCAAUACUCCUUCGUGAACGGAUACAAAUCUUACAUGCCCAUCAAGCUCUUAGCUCCGUUGGACUGGAGUCCACCAUGCAUGCGAAAACGCUACAAAUCGGAAUCCGCACGAUUUUCACCGAUCAUUCGCUCUUCGGUCUCGGUGGUGGUGGUUGGGGUGAAGUGAGCGGGAAUAAGAUCGUAAAGGGUAUCAUGAGUGAUAUCGACGGCGUGAUUUGUGUCAGUCACACUGGGAAAGAGAACACGGUUUUAAGAGCUAUGCUGAACCCCGACAUAGUUUAUGUAAUACCCAACGCCAUUGUUGCCGACAGCUUUCAGCCUGACCGCAAGAAAUCCCGUUAUUCCGGUGGUCCAUUGACCAUUGUCUGUGUUUCUAGGUUAGCAUAUCGUAAAGGGAUCGACCUUUUAAUUGCGGCGAUCCCAAAGCUGUGUAAAAAGUACCCCACGAUCCGGUUUUUAAUAGGUGGGACAGGACCAAAGCUAAUUGAGCUGGAGCAAAUGAAAGAAAAAUAUCAAACAGUAAUCAAACCUGACCAAGUUAGAAUACUGGGACCGAUUCGAGCUGAUCAAGUUCGGGAUCUCAUGGUCCAAGGAGAUAUCUUCUUGAAUGCAUCAUUGACUGAGGCCUUCGGAAUGACCCUACUGGAAGCUGCAUGUACCGGCUUGCUAGUUGUGUCCACGCGUGUUGGAGGAAUCCCGGAGGUACUUCCUGAAGGGUUGAUCGAGUUUGCCGAACCAGAAGUAGAUGAUCUUGUUCGCGCCACUGAGAGGGCCAUCGAAGUGAUCCAAUCCGGGACCCACGACCCGCAGAAGGUUCACGAAAGAGUGCGGGGAAUGUACAGCUGGACUGACAUUGCAGCUCGAACGGAACAUGUAUAUUAUGAAGCUUUCAAGAUCGAGCCUGCUCCAUUGAUUGAGAGAUUUCGAAGAUUCUACGGAUCGGGAAGUAUCUUUGGGAAAGUAAUGUGUAUCGUUGUCAUGUGCCAGUAUAUAUUUAUGGGCAUCUUGGAUUGGUGGCUGCCUCGGGAGAACAUUGAUUACGCUCCUGAUUUCAAUUACGAUGCUUAUGUUCAGGCGUACGGUAUAGACUGA